AUGGCCACCGCGACAGCUACACACUCGACUCGAACCCACCCUCCUCCGACUCCCGAUGAAGACGCUCCCAGCUCCCUCGAGUCGCAGGAGCGGCGGCCGUUCUCUGAGAAGCUUUGGGGUCGACUCAUCAUCCCCAACGAUGCCUCGACAGCUCGCGACUACCUCGCCCGUGAGCGCAACUUCCUCAGCUGGAUCAAGCUGAGCUCCACCCUCGCCGUCCUCUCCGCCGCCCUCUUGAUCCGCUUCCAGUUCGGCUCACAAGUCCAGUUGCCCGAGUGGGAACAGAAGGCGCAAGUGCCGUUGGGCAUUCUCUUCUUCAUCGCCUGUAUCGCCAGCCUCGUCAUCGGCACAACUACCUUCUACCGCAGUCAGUCAGGAUACGCGCAACACAAAGCCUUCGUCUAUGCCGGGAAGUUCACCGACCUGCUCAUCGUCGGAAUCGGCCUCCUCACGCUCGCGGCGUGCAUCUUACUGCUUGCGGCAAAGACGUGA